GGGCGUGGCCGACAGCUAGCAGCCGAUGGUGUUGUAACAGUCAAGUUUGUGUGGUUAUCUGGCUGUUCGUGUGAGCUCCCUGCUGGCUGUGUGACAGUAUGCACGGUAGAGUACAGUAAGAAAGAAGAACAGCGUUUUGUAGGGCUCUCUCUAACCGUGUGGAGUUUGCGUUGAAGCUGAGCAGACUGGGGCUGAAAUGCGAACGUAGCUGUUAGCAAGCGAGCCAGGCCGCGUAGAAGUGGCUGGCUGUAUCCUUCAUCCAGACAGACAGGAGCAUAAAUGUUGCACACAGACCUGUCUGCCGACGUGGUUGACGACGCCGGGGAAGAUGCGCAAAGACGUGAGGAUAUUAUUAGUGGGAGAGCCCAAGGUGGGGAAGACCUCUCUCAUCAUGUCACUGGUCAGCGAGGAGUUCCCAGAUGUGGUUCCCUAUCGAGCUGAAGAAAUUACCAUACCGGCUGAUGUUACACCGGAGAGAGUUCCCACACACAUUGUGGAUUACUCUGAGGCAGAGCAGACGGAUGAGCAGUUAUUUCAGGAGAUUUCCAAGGCAAAUGUGAUUUGCAUUGUCUACGCUGUCAACAACAAGAAGUCUAUAGAGAAGGUGACGAGCCACUGGAUCCCCCUCAUUACAGAGAACACAGACAAGGACAGCAGGGUUCCCCUGAUCCUGGUGGGGAACAAGUCUGAUUUGGUGGAGCACAGCAGCAUGGAGACCAUACUUCCCAUUAUGAAUCAGUACAGUGAGAUAGAGACUUGCGUUGAGUGUUCAGCAAAGAACCUGAAGAACAUCUCCGAGCUUUUCUACUAUGCUCAAAAGGCAGUUCUCCACCCCACUGGUCCCCUCUACUGUCCAGAGAAAAAAGAUAUGAAGCCACUUUGUGUAAAAGCUCUCACUCGAAUCUUCAAAGUGUCAGACCUAGAUAACGAUGGUAAUCUCAACGACAACGAGCUCAACUUUUUUCAGCGGACGUGCUUCAACACCCCGUUGGAGCCUCAGGCGUUAGAGGAUGUAAAAAAUGUGGUGAGGAAGAAUUUAAUUGAUGGCGUGUGUGACAACGGCCUCACUCUUAAAGGAUUUUUGUUUCUCCACACGCUGUUCAUUCAGCGAGGACGCCAUGAAACAACCUGGACAGUACUCAGGCGAUUUGGAUAUGAUGAUGACCUGGAGUUAAAUCAGGACUAUCUCUUCCCUCCGUUGAAAAUUCCCCCAGACUGCACUACUGAGCUCAACCAUAAUGCCUACCUCUUCCUCCAGAGCGUCUUUGACAAACACGAUAAGGACCGUGACUGUGCCUUGUCACCAGAGGAGCUGAGGGACUUGUUUGAUGUUUUUCCCUACAUGCCCUGGGGGCCAGAUGUCAAUAACACAGUUUGCACUAAUGACCAAGGCUGGAUCACCUACCAGGGGUAUCUCUCACAGUGGACGUUAACAACUUAUCUGGAUGUCCAAAGAUGUUUGGAGUAUUUGGGGUAUCUUGGUUACUCAAUAAUUGCUGAGCAGGAGUCCCAAGCUGCAGGAAUUACAGUGACCAGGGAUAAGAAGAUUGACCUGCAGAAGAAGCAGACCCAGCGCAGCGUCUUCCGCUGUAAUGUUUUUGGAGACAUUGGCAGUGGCAAGAGUGGCUUCCUACAAGCCUUUCUGGGUAGAAACCUCAUGCGCCAGAAGACCAUUAAAGAGGAGCACAGAUCCUACUAUGCCAUCAAUACAACCUAUGUUUACGGCCAGGAGAAAUACCUUCUCCUUCACGAAGUGUUUCCUGACUUCGACUACCUGUCUGACUCUGAUCUGGCCUGUGACAUCGUCUGCCUAGUCUAUGACGUCAGCAACCCUUACUCCUUUGAGUACUGCGCCAAGGUUUUCAAGCAAUACUUCAUGGACAGCAAGACGCCAUGUAUGAUGAUUGCAGCAAAGUCAGACCUGCCAGAGGUCAAGCAGAUGUAUGGCUGCAGUCCUCUGGAGUUCUGUCGGAGGCACAAGAUGCCCCCGCCUCAGUCUUUCACUUGUAACGCAGCCUCAGCACCCAACAGAGACAUCUACACCAAACUUACCACCAUGGCUAUGUAUCCCCACGCCCGGCUGCGCUGCAUGUGCACUUGUAACCGGUGCACAUUCUGCUUGUGUCAGAACUUCCUCAACUCUGAGCUGCUGCAGAUGGUCAGGGCCAAACUCUACGCUGUCGUACUCCGAAGACACGUUAGCCAAGCGGACCUGAAGAGCUCGACCUUCUGGCUGAGAGCGAGCGUUGGAGCCACAGUGUUUGCAGUGCUGGGAUUCGCCAUGUACAGAGUGCUGCUCAAAACGCGGUGAUCCUUCAGCAUUCAGUCCAGCCCUCACUACCCGGGGUACAUAAAAGCUAAUUUGACCAGUCGGAAGUUUUGAUUUUCCUGUUUUCAUUGAAUUAACUUUAUGGAAAAUCACUCAUAAUUCUGUUGUUUAAUAAGCCCCGUUUA